AGUCUUUCCAUCCGGCUCACGUCGUUUGGUCAGCGAUGACUCCAGACAGUUGUCAGCCGCCGACCGAGUCCUUCGCUGCUGGGGUUAUCAUUCUUUCACCUCAGUCUCUGCCAGCGGAUGUGCCCUAUGAUCACUGGCUCAGCCUGCCAGAACCCUUGCUGGACUUUGUCUUCGCGGCACUGGAGGAGCAGGAUGUGCUAAAUUCUAUAUUCGACCUCUGUUUGGCAGGCUUUGCAAGGGCAUCCAUUCGAGGUCGUCGGAUUGAAACACCGAUUGGAAUUGUGUCAAGACUGUAUAUUAGACUAUAUCUUUUCCCUGUCUCACUGGAACAAUCCAAGAACCUCCUGCACCAUUAUCAUCUCCUCGAUAUGCGUGAACGGCCAAGAAAACUUAAACCUGCCGUCGCCAUAUCCUUGGCGCUGAGCUGGACCUCUCGCGACGCCAUGGCAUGGCAAUGUCUUGGCUCCGGUCAUUACGCUAAAGAAACUCUGUUCUUUGAGCAACAUUCUGAUAAUCGUUCUCUUUCGGAAGUUUUCCAAGACCUUCCUUCUCCCGUUCUUCCCUCCCCAAGACCUUUCAAGAACGAGUCAGAUCGCCUGCUUUGUGAAGCCAUGACGUGGUCCGCACCUCCAGGAAUGAGAAGCAUAUUAUUUCCCUACCAGAGACGCACUGUAUGGAAGCUCCUCCAACAAGAACUUCAACCUGGCACCUGGGCUGACCCUCGCUAUGUGCGCAUAGAGUCCCUUGAUGAUGAGCGCCCAUGGUACAUCAGUGCGGACACUUGCGAGGUUCGUUCGGACACCGACGUAACCUAUGACCGCGUCAAAGGUGGUAUCCUAUGCGAGGAAAUGGGUAGCGGCAAAACAUGCAUGUGCAUCGCUCUUUGUCUGGCGACGAAAGGACGAAUGGCAUCCCCUCCAAAUACACCGCAAGCUUCGAGAGUUCUGACGAAGGACUCUAUGACAUGGCCUGGUGGAGAAGAAAAUCUCCCCUACCACAAUCUUGAUUCCGGUCGAGAUCCAUCAGAAAACGAAGUGAUACCGAAUAUCACCUUCCCUUCGCUACGGCAAAUCGCUCAGUUCGUUUCAUAUACAUCGUCCCCACAUUCCGAACACACCAUUGCGCGCAUGCACACGUGGGCAGAGGCAAGACAUGUGGAACACCUCAAGCAAGUAACGUGCCGCUUUGAAGAAGAAAGAGAAGAGGUUGAGCAAAAGAAGCCUGGGUCGACAUUGCCAUUUUACUUGGAGACGGAAUCCGAGGGCAAGCGACGAGCGACUCGAGAGGCUAGCAAGACUCUCAGACCCGCAAUUCGUAUAUAUCUCAGCUCCCUUACGCUUAUAUUGGUACCUAGCAUGAUAUUUCAGCAAUGGAACGCGGAAAUUCUCAAGCAUUGCAGCGAUGGGGCUCUGAGAGUUCUAUCAGUGCCAUCACGGCCCGUGCAAGACUUAUCUCCCGCCGAAACCUUGGCAUUUCAAUAUGAUGUAAUAUUGAUGACCCAUGAACGUUUCUCAGCGGAAGGCACCCCGACGUCCGGCCGUCGGUCGCCUCUAUUGGAUAUCCGGCUUCAACGUCUGAUCAUCGAUGAAGGACAUGUCGCAAAUGCUGAAAACAGCCGAUUGAAGGACUUCGGUCUCCGUUUGAACGUGGAAUCUCGAUGGAUUGUCACGGGUACCCCGACCAAGAACAUCAAAGGGUUGAAAAUGGGGUCGCAUAGAAAGAAGAAGAAGAAUGAGGUGCCGAAUGGCGUUGACGUUGUUAACAGUCGGUUAGAGUUACUUCUCUCGGAUUCAGCUUCAAAUCGUCCCCUCAGCGCUUGGAGUCGAGCACAUGACGGUGACGACCUCAAGAAACUGGGAAAUAUGUUCGGAUUUUUAAUGGUUCCGCCAUUCGUUGGUCUGGACGCCGCCUGGGGUCAUGUUGUGAGCCGUCCACUUUUAAAUCCCCAAGGUCCGGAAUUUGGAGCUAUGCAACGACUUCUGCGAUGCCUUGAGGGUGUAAUGGUUCGUCACAGGGCGGAGGAUAUCGAAAAGGACGUACCAUUGCCAGAUUUGACGCAAGAAAUGGUUGUCCUCGACAUGACAGAACACUGCGCUAUGACACACAAUGCCCUUCUAGCUCAAAUCGCCAUCAAUGCCAUCGAUUCGGAACGGAAAGAUCAGGAUUAUCUCUUCCAUCCCAAGAAUCGAGGCUCCCUUGGUUUGGUUAUUGAAAAUCUCUCUCAAUCAUUGUUCUGGCACACUGAUAAUGAGACCGACUAUAACGAACGUGUUCGCACAGCCGUCAAGUCGUUGGCCACCGCUCAUACACGGGGGGCUCCUGCUGAGGACAUCGAGCUGAUCGAGCGGUCUAUCGGGUACCUAUCAAGGGCACGUGAUAAUGAAGAGUGGUGUUCCGUCAUGGAGCGAAUGUGGGUACCAUUCGCAGUCAGUGAUCUUCCCGUGGAGAUGCGUACCUGGGUACGGUCGACACCAUUGAUUCGACCUGACGGGAUCUGCUUGAUCGAGCCCGAGAGAAUUUCUCAUAUUCGAGGGUUUGCUGGCCUGGAUCAAAGGAAGAUUGUGGAGAAUAACCUGAACGAAUUAGCAGGGCUGGGGAGUGUUUACAACAUAUUUGACACAGAACUUUGGAAUUACGUCGAGAACAUGAAGGAAUUCCGACAAGGACGACAAAAAAACAAGUCGCAUACGUCAUCGUCCUCAACAUCCAGGGAUGAUGAUGGCAUGGCGGUGAUGGCUGUCCAGACUGCAUCGCCAUCGACUGUGAAUGGAAGCCCGAGCACGCCGAAGAAAAAGGGUCGAGGAAAGAAAGAGCCACCCGCGCCUGUGCUCAUCGAUCCUAGGUUUGAAUCCUUCAGAACGUCUUAUCCCCGUGAAAUAUACAACGCUGCGUUUCCAUUGGGAGCACCUAUGACGGAGACUACAAUCGGUCCAUCUUUAUCUAACAAAGUAAACUAUAUCCUAUCCGAUGUCCUAAAGUGCUGUACACAGGAGAAAGUUGUUAUUUUCUCAUCUUCUUCACUAUCGUUAUCCCAUCUCGCAGAAGCAUUCGAACUUUAUCGCAUACGUUUCCUGCACUUUUCCAAUACCCUCUCCGUCAAAGACCGGGAAAACACAAUCAAAACUUUUGAAACCUCGGACAUCUAUCGCGUUCUGCUUAUGGAGCUCAAGCAUGGUGCUCGAGGCUUGAACCUGGUUUCUGCGUCCAGGGUGUAUUUUUGCGAGCCGGUCUGGAGGGCGGAUGAGGAGUCCCAGGCGAUCAAGCGUUGCCAUCGGAUUGGCCAGACGCGGCCUGUCACUGUGAAGACGUUGGUUACUCGGGGAACCGCCGAAGAGGAAGCUAUUCGAAUUCGAAAUGCACACCAUGAGCAAACACGACAGAUGCAAGAUGAUCGAAGUAUUAAACACUUUAUAGAGUACCCGCAAUUUGUAACGGGUCGUACACAGGAAUGGCCACUGUUAAACACUUCUUUACUUCGCGUGCAGACCGACGAAGAGGACGGAACCAUCCUACAACAUACAUCUUCACCUCUCCAAGUCAGCCCUGAGCGCGCGAAGAAACGCGUCAGAACGGAGGAAGACCAAGCUCAAGCCAGGGACAACAUCGAAUUAGACAUCGUUCCGUCAAGGAAGCCGAAGAAAGGGCGGUUCCAUAUGACUUCCCCCCCUUCGGAUGGUGAUAUUCCUCUACCGGCUACACCCAACGUGCGAUUUGUCGAGCGUUCUCUGCCCACUCCGCCCGAAAGUCCAUAUUCCACUUCCCCAGCAUCAAGACGGGCAUUCCUAGCUGAGGGAGACGUAGAUCCCGUCCCUCCGGCCGCACUCCGCAGCCCGUUACGCCUGAAGAUCAAGGUCAGUCGCACCCGACUGCCGUCAACUUCGGCGGCGAUUGCUGCGGCUGCCAUCCCUGUACCACCACCCACAGGACUGUCGAACUCGACCGGGAGUUCCCAGUCAGCUUCCCCCCCUGUUACCCCAGCUGACCGCCUUGCCGAGUCAUCCGUCCCGCUCAAGAGUGCUAUGAAACAACCUGGAAUGGAAGGAUCGGAAUAUGUCGAACGAAGUCCAAAAGGAACUCGGUUUGACCUACCUGGGAUCGUCACAUUGGAGGAGAUCGAUAUUGAGGACGAUCAAUUGAUGGAGGAUUAAUCUGGUUGCAAGUUCGCUGUUUUAUUGUCCCUAUCAUAUUUGAUAUCUUGUUGCUGUCUAAUUCUGCACAUGUACUCAUCCAAUCCGCAUCACUCUUCAAUGCAUUAUCAUUU